GGUGCACGUUCACGCUGAUGGUGGUGCCACGUUGGUCGGACAGUUGUGUCGGUUGAAAUCGAUACGAACAAAACCCCGUAUCACCUUGAUACGGUCGUCGGGGUGUAAGGAGGAUGCAGGGCGGCAACAGAGAACCAGCCACAGGGCCCGAGGCUUCCCAGUCCGAGGGCGGCCCCAGCCCCAGUGAAGAUGACAUGGCAGAGGGGGACCUGGGGGACGGGAUGGGCAACAGACCAGACUCCACUAUCAGAAAGAAGCUCCAGAGCCGGAGCGGCAGCAGGGGGCAUGCUGAGGAGCCGCUGCCCAGGACGGGGCUCCUGAACAGGGGCAGCGAGGGAGGGGAGGCAGCCUUCAUCUGGACGUCUUGCAGUGGGCUGUACACAGUGUUCAGACAGGAGCUGGAGGUGGAGCAGGCGUCACUGCAAUGGAGGGUCAGGGGGACAGAAUCCCUGAGCGAUCUGUCCAUUGAGGAGGUGAGAGAGAGGCUACAGGAAGUGACUGAGGAGGCAGAGCUACUGCGCUGUGAGUUGGAGGUCACCAGUCGUCACCUAGAGGGAAAACACGAAGCACUGAAGAUCCUACAGGGACAGAGUAUUCUAGACAGGGCAACCUCUCACACUAAGAUUCUACUCCAGAAGAGUGAGGAGAGGACCAAGGCUCUGGAAAAGGAAGUGAAUGGCCUGCAGUGGGAGAUCACUUAUAACCAAAUGCACUUCAAGAACUUUGAGCAGUCUUGGGAGCAGAAAUAUGUCAGGGUUUGCAGUGAGAAAAAGGCUCUGAGUGACAGCCUGGGAGACAGGGUGAGGGAGGUACAGGAGCUGAGGACAGAGAACACUGUUGUGAGUCAGCAGUGUCUGGAACUCCUAGCCAUGCUGAAUGUCCGGGAACAGAGAGCCUUCCAGGGGACCAAGCCUUCAUGCACCCAGGGGAGAGAGGAGGACCAGGGGACCGUGCUGGAGCUGGCUGUGUUGGGUGCGUGCCAGUGUCCCAAUGUAAGGGAGGCCUGCCCGUGUGCCAGGAGUGCUGCUGCCAGCCGAAAACAGGUUCUCCAGCUCAGACAAGAGCUGGAGGGCCAUGGCAGGAGGAUGGAGGAGGCGUUGCUAAUGGCGGACGCUUUUCGGAUCGCCUUCGAACAGCAGCUCAGGAGGCGCAGCGAUCACUUCCUGCUUCUGGCGGAGACGGACAGGAACAAGUCCCGCCCACUAAGGCCAGAAGGCAAGGAUAGGACAGCAUCUCUCAGUGUGGCUCAGAGACUUAGAGGACUGCUGCCGUCCAGCACAGAGAUCACAGACGACCCUACAGAGACUCUGCACAAACUCCUCGACCUGCUGAGUGAUAAGGAAGAAGCUCUAGCUCACCAGAGGAAGGUUAGCUUCAUGCUAGCCCGCAACACAGAGGAACUAGAGAGACGGUUGAAGACAGACAAUAUGCUGCAAACACAGGUCAAAUCAUCACCACACCGUUCUUCAGAGACAGACACAUGCAAGUCCAACCAUGCAGGCACAAGCAUCUGCAGUUCCAACCAUGUCCAGGAGAGGGCAGGAGUGGACCAGUGUCAUGGUGGGGCGUCAUCUUCAGAAUCAGACACCACAGACCUCCAGCCCUCCGAGAUCCAAGAGGCUGAGACGGAAGCCGCCGACCUCCAGAUACAGGGCCUCUCUCUGGGGCAGUCACCCAUGGAGAGAGGUGGAAGAGAGGACCAUCUGGUCACCCUACCAUGAAUAGUUUGUCAUCACGGAGUGAUCCUACCUGGCCUUCUUACUGCGGUGCCGUGCUUGAAGUGGAAUGAAAUGUGUGCCAGCACUCAUUUUUUGGGUGCCGAUACUCAUGAUAUUUAGGUGAAAGGUACUCAUUAUAUAUUAGAGGCAAUGUUCUGUAAGAGGUGCCGGUACUCUAGGACAAAAUUAGAGGUGACUGCACUCUGUACCGAUGUGUACCAGCCCAAGUCCAGCACUGCCGCUGUGCAUCUGACUGGUCUUGGAACAACUCUGGUCCUGUAUAAGUCUGGUUUUACGUGAAUAUAUCGGCCUCUGUGUAGCCGUUGUGAUUACAUUUUAUAUGAAUAAUUCCUAGCACAUUACAAUUGAUAGAAAGUGACUAAAUGCUUUUAAUUUUGCUAAACCUCUUGUUCUGAAUAUUUCCUGAUGUCUGAUAAGACGUUUUAAUGUAUCCACUUAUAAAAUGUUAUGAUGGUCAA